AUGGGAACUGUACAGGAGGCAGGAAAAAAGACAUUCGAUCUUGGUUCCCUUAAUCUUUUCUUCUGCGUCAGAGAGAAUGCAGAAACAGCAGAACUGGGAGAGGCUCUGAGACUUGGGGAACUGGAGCUGAAGGAGGAAUGGCAGGAUGAAGAAUUUCCUAGAUUGCUUCCUGAGGAGGUUGGUCCUUCUGAAGAUCCUGAAGACCCUAAAGGAGGUAUCCCCAACACUUUAGCCCUAUGUGGCCAGCGCCCCAUGCGUAAGCGUCUUUCUGCCCCAGAGUCGUGGCUGAAUCUGACUAAGGGGCCUGGAGAUAAUGGAGCUUCUCCUACCCACUCUUCACCUUCCUCUGCUGAUGGCAGUUCUGACCUGGAGAUAGACGAAUUGGAGACACCUUCAGACUCGGAGCAGCUGGACAGUGGACAUGAAUUUGAAUGGGAAGAUGAGCUGCCCCAGACAGAGGGUCUGGGGCCCAGUGAGGCAGCUGAAAGGCUGGGCCGGGGUUGUAUGUGGGAUGUGGCUGGAGAAGAUGGUCGUCGCUGGAGGGUGUUCCGAACAGGACAGUGGGAACAGCGAGUGGACAUGACUGUCAUUGAGCCCUAUAAGAAAGUCCUGUCUCAUGGAGGUUACCAUGGCGAUGGCCUCAAUGCUGUCAUCCUCUUUGCUUCCUGUUAUCUACCCAGGAGCAGCAUCCCCAACUACACCUACAUCAUGGAACACUUGUUUAAGUAUAUGGUGGGAACACUGGAACUGCUGGUAGCUGAAAAUUAUAUGCUUGUUCAUUUGAGUGGAGGUACAAGCAGGGCCCAAGUUCCACCUAUGAGCUGGAUACGCCAGUGUUACCAUACCCUGGAUCGGCGGCUCCGGAAAAACCUUCGAGCUCUGGUGGUUGUCCAUGCUACGUGGUAUGUGAAGGCAUUUCUGGCACUACUUCGGCCCUUCAUCAGUUCCAAAUUUACACGAAAGAUCCGUUUUCUGGACAGCCUAGGGGAGCUGGCCCAACUCAUCUCCCUGGAUCAAGUUCACAUCCCUGAAGCUGUCAGACAGCUGGACCAGGAUCUCCAUGGCUCUGGAGGGACCUAGUACAGGACUGGAUAAAGGGCC